AUGAGCACGUCGGCCAAACAAGUGGAGGCCGCCAAGAAGACCGCCGAGGCCGUCUGGGUCGUCGAGCACGCGACGCGGUGCCCCGACAACGGCUGCGGCGUCGCCGGCUGCGCCAAGGCCCGGGCCGCGUUGACGUGCCUUGCGACGCGCACCGUGACGGCCUCUGUCUCGGUCUCCGACAUCGACGCCGUGCGAAGCGUGCUCUCGCACCGCGCCCUCUGCCCAUGGGCGCGGCCCCGGGGGUGCGCUACUACUCGCGAGGAGCCGUGCCUCGUCUGCGUCCUCGCGAGCCGCGCGCGCUGCGUGUCGUCCGGAGACGGCUUGGUGCUCGACUUCAGCAAGCGCUCGCCGAACGACGCCGGCUGCUUCACGGCGCCGCGGGCGCGCGCCGUCACCGUGGCACCCGUCGCGUGGGAGCCGUCGCCGGACGCGCCGAAGAACCUGCCCAAGUCGCCCUCGUUCAACGCCGCCGCCGCGUCGCUGAUGAGCCUCUCCGCGGCGCCGAUCGCGUGCUGA